AUGAUUACUGGCUGUCGUGGAGACGUGAAUGCCAAAAGUCCCUGGUGGGGCAGCGAGGAGGAGGAUAGCAGAGGGGCGUCGCGGGCGGAGUUUGCGGCGCAGGAGUCACCCCAGCUGCCUUUCAGGAAUACUCCCUCUCGACCUGAGAGCACAAGAACAGCUCAAACUGUAAAGGGGUCCGGAGGGGGCGGCCUCUGCCUGAAACUGCGUGACUACGACAUGGAAAGGCGUAUCGGCCCGUUCGAUUUGCCCCAUCCCGCACUGAGGGGGGGGCUCGCCUACCUGCGGGCGUCCCUCGGUGGCGGACCUGGGGCAGCUGGAUAA